AUGUCGCCGUGCAGCAUCGUUCGCGCCGCCCCCGCGGCGGUCGUCGCGCGUCCGAGCGCGUCCUUUCGAGCAAUCAAAAAAGGCUCGGCCGCGAGGCCGACGCUCGCGAGCGCGCGCGCGGUCCUCCCCGGCGCCGCUCUCGCCAAGCGCGCGACGAUCGCGGUGAAGACGCGCGCCGCUUCGAAAGAUUUCGAUCUUCACCGCGUCGCGCCCUCGGCGACGCCCGCGGACGAGCCCGCGCUCGUCGUCGCGGACGCGGAGGCGACGGCGUCGUCGUCGAACGAGGCCGCGACGGCGAUCGGCAAAAAGGUUCUCACGGCCGCGCUGCUCGUCGGCGCGACGUCCGCGGCGUUCUCCCCCGCGCCCGCGCUCGCGGCCGCCGCGAAGGUCGUCGUGCCGGUGAUCAACCAGGCGGACACGGCCUGGAUCCUCAUCUCCACGGCGCUCGUGCUGUUCAUGACCAUCCCCGGUCUGUCCGCGUUCUACGCCGGCAUCGUGAAGCGAAAGAACAUGCUCUCCGUGCUGAUGCAGUGCUUCUCGCUGACGUGCGUGAUGUCCGUGCUGUGGUACGCGGUCGGGUACUCGCUGUCGUUUUCGAGCGGCGGCGCGUUCCCGGGCGUCCUCGGCGGCCUCGAUAAGGUCUUCCUCGCCGGCGUCACGAAGGCUGCGGUGUGGGAGACGAUCCCGGAGGCGCUCUGGGCGCUGUACCAGAUGACGUUCGCGAUCAUCACCCCCGCGCUGAUGGUGGGCUCGUUCGUGGAACGCAUGAAAUUCAACGCGGUGAUGUGGUACUGCGUCCUGUGGAUGUUCGCGGUGUACUUCCCCGCGUGUCACAUGGUCUGGGGCCCGAACGGCGCGAUGGCCGCCGCGGGGGUGUUAGACUUCGCGGGCGGGAUCGUCGUGCACAUCACCGCCGGGAUCGGCGCGCUCGUCGGCGCGAUGACGCUCGGCCCGAGGAAAGAGAAUAAGAUGAUCGCCGGGAACUUGGUCCUCACCGUGCUCGGCACCGGCAUGCUGUGGGUCGGGUGGUACGGGUUCAACGGCGGCAGCGCGCUCGCCGCGGGCGCCGACGCCGCGUUCGCGUGCCUCGCGACGCAGAUCGCCGCCGCGACCGCGGCGAUGACGUGGUGCGCGCAGGACAUCGCGGAGAACGGCAAAGCGUCGAUGCUCGGCAUCGCCACCGGAAGCAUCGCGGGGCUCGCGACGGUGACGCCGUGCGCCGGGUUCGUCGGGCCGCUCGGCGCGCUGUUUCUCGGGCUGGUCGCGGGGGUCGUGUGCCGGUACUUUUCGCUCGUGCUGAAGGAGAAGUACGGAUACGACGACUCGCUCGACGUGUUCGGCGUCCACGGCGUCGGCGGGUUCGUGGGGACGUGCCUCCUCGGGAUCGCGGCGUCGCCCGCGCUCGGAGGGUUCAACGUCGAGACCACGGCGAUGGCGCAGACGGUGAUUCAGUGCACGGCGGCGGUCGCGACCGCGGCGUACACCGCGAUGGCGUCGUUCGUGUGCCUGAAGAUCACGGCCGCGAUCUGCGGGGGCGAGCUCAGAGUGCCGGAGGGCGCGGAGCAAGGCGAAGGGUUGGACAUGUGGUGCCACGGCGAGUCUUGUUACACGCUCAGCGAGGGCGAGACCGUCGGCGGCGCGGCGGCGGCGGCGACGACCGGUCAACCCGCGGGGGCGGUGGUGUGA